UCUUUAAGAGGAGGCUUUGCUGUCAGUCUGACAACAGUCUUACCUGGGACAGCUUGUGACACAGACGUGUUCUCUCUUCACCCGAACGCUUAAGCUACAGCAAUGGCUCGUCUGGAACAGGUCAUUACAAACAUUGUGGAUAUAUUUCUGCAGUAUGCUGAUGAUGAUGGCAAGAAACACCAGUUAAACAAAGAAGAGUUGAAGAAGGUGUUGGAGAAAGAAAUACAAAGUCCUGAGUUAAAAAAUCAAAUCAGUGCAGAUGACAUCGGGGAAGCCAUGGAGAUGCUGGAUAAAAACCAUGAUGGUGAGGUCAACUUCAGAGAGUUUUGUCGGUGUGUGUCUGUUCUGGCCAAAUGCUACUACAACAAGAAGACAGGCAAGGGUGGCAAAAGAGGCAAGGGCAAAGAAGAAGACGAAGACUAAAAAAGAUGAACUGCAAACCCUAUAAAUGUUUGUAGCACUCAAAUAUAUAAAAAUGUCUAUAACAAUUGUGACACAGUCGUCCUUGAGAAUGAUGCUGCUGGUUUUAGGCAAUUUGCACAUCCAUCAUGAAACACAAGCCUGUGAUUUGUGUUUGAAAUGUGCAUGGAAAAGUUAAAUUCACUGUGUAAUCUGGUUUUCAAAGGACUUUACAUUCAAUACAUCCUAAAAAUUAAUAAAACAUUAGAAGAAGUUUGA